AGUUCGCGACGCGUGGUUAAAGUUACACCCGGGGGGCUUUCAAAUCGCUGCCAAAAAUGAUGAGCACCUCAACAAUUCUUGUGGUACUCUGCCUUUGCUGUGCUCUAAGCCGCUGCCAAGCCAUUCAGGAGCUUCGAGAUGAGCCAACCAAUAGGAUUGCUGGUCCAGGCGAACCCCAGUACUAUCUGAUGGCCGAUGCCGGCUCAUCCGUGGGUCCCAACGAUGCGCUGAAGCGCACAAAUCGAUCGCUGCUCAAAUGGUGGGACGAUCUCUUCGGGCAGAAUAUUGACAACAACAACAACAACAACAACAACUACAACAAUGUGUUGUAUCCCACUGUGGCGCCUGUUGUCCAGCCGCAAACGAAUUGCAAUGGCUAUGGCCUGCAGCUGCAGGACUUGGAUCCCUUUAAGCAAAUGAAAUUGUUCAAGAAGAUGCCCGAUCUCUUUGGCAAUCCGAUCGGCAAUUGUGGCGGACUGUGCGGCGGCAAUUGUGGCCAGCAGCCGUUGCAGCCGCAGAUUAAUUAUGUGGCGCCUGCUCCGCCUGCACCUGGCUAUGGUGGGGAUGACGGCUAUGCCAAGCCAAAUCCCGACUAUAAUGGUCCUGGGGAUGGCGAUGCGGGCUAUGUGGCUCCAGUGGUGCCUCCUCCGGUCACUUACGAUGCUCCAGUAGCACCUCCUGCCAGCUAUGAGGCGCCUGCUCCAAGCUAUGAGGCGCCUGCUCCUACCUAUGAGGCGCCUGCUCCUUCUGCUCCCGUCUACGAUGCCCCUGCUCCCGUCUACGAUGCACCAGCCCCACCUGCACCCAGCUACGAACAGUCUGCUGCCACACCAGACACCUAUGGCAAAGUGGCGGACUAUUCGCCGCCUGCCAGCAAUUAUCCUGCUGCCCAACCACCUCAGAUUGUCUAUCAGCCCAUCAUCUAUGUGUCUGCACCGCCUGCAUCCAGGACAGAGGUGGCCACCAAGGUGCAGGUGGAUGAACAGAGCUACAACAAUCAGCCAGCGGCUCCUGUCUAUGAAGCGCCAACACCGCCAGCGGCUCCGGUUUAUGAAGCACCUUUGGAGCCCACAUACGCACCACCGCCGCCGCCACCUCCCGCUGCAACACCCUGCGGCAGCUAUCUGCCACUUUGGGGCGUUCCUGUCUAUAAUUAUGGGGCGGCGCAACCAGCGGCACCUCCAGCAGCUCCGCCAGUGGCUCCGCCGGCCUAUGCACCUGCUCCUCCUCCAUCACCUGGCUAUGCAACGCCCAGCUGUGCAACGCCCAUACGACUCUCGCUCAUCGAUCAACCGUAUCGCGUGGCACCCGAACUCUUCGAGGAAUACCACUAUCGCUUGGGCUUGGCCGCACAGAAUCGAUUAUAGUCCAUGGAUCUUUAUUCGCUGACAGUCCUGUAAAUAAAAUGCAUCUAACGAUUUGUGGAUUGAUUUGUUGUACCUCAUU